CACACACACACACACAAUAGAUUUAUGAUAAUGAGAAGCCUCGAGCAUAAGGGGUAGUAGGAGCCAUUUUAUUAAUUCACGCGAACGGAGUGGAGUUGUAGGUUCGGCAUGUUUGGGUGGUGAGAAGCUUUGGCUAGGUGACUGCGAUUUCUCUCCGGAUUCAAUUGGAUUAGCUACUGUGGAGCAAUGAAAGCAUGGAUACGCUGCAACAAAAGGGAACGACUAGACGGAAAGUUUAAGGGAAGGCGGCAGUAAUUACGUUCAAGCCUGGUUUAACAUUAUCGAGGAGCAAUGCCCGUCAUUAAGUGGGAUUUGGUGUUUAUUAUUUUCGGCUGGUUUGAAAUAAUUUCACUGUCGGAUUGCUACAGUACACACAUCAGUGAGGAUGCAGAGCCGGGGACGGUUAUAGCAAGUGUUGAACAGAGCGGGGCAUGCACUUUGGAUCAGGUAAUCGCUCCUAAAUUCUCAAAGACCUUUAUUGAAACUGAUGCGUCCGCGCGCAUUGUGUUCAUUUCGGGUAGUUUAAAUUGUGCCUCGCUCAGCUCCAACCCUUUCAUCGUAUACACUGUUGUUGACUGUGUGAACAGUGGCCCAGGGUCCAGGCACCUCCUCACGAGCCAGUAUGAUGUGCAUGUUCACGGCAGGAACUGUUCAAGUAAACACAAAAUUAAAUCUCAAUGGGACUUGGAGAUCAUCAGUUUGUUUAAGGCCCAAAAUCAUCAGUUAGAAUGCUACGAGGCUGGUACUGCGCUCCUCCGGGUAUGGGAUCUACUACCCGCAUCCCAGACACACAACAAUAUGCACUGCAGGGUGACUAGUAGUUCGGACUUCUACUUUUCGGAGGGGCAGUUGUUUGUGUCCAAGACCCUGUGUUUGAAGCACGACACACUCCUUGAGCUAGACUUACAUUGUAACCAAUACACAGGAGAUGAGAGGGAAGCUAAAGUGAACAGCAUUUCAGUCCACUGGCGGGUGGGUCAAGGUUCCUUCAAGCAGGGCCACUUGGGGAAGUUACUACAGCAGUCUGAGUCGGGCAUAGUGAGCAGGAGGAAGAGGGCUGUCAACAGUAGUCCCCAGUUUCAGCCUCCUAUGUACCAGGUGUCUGUGGCAGAGAAUAAGCCAGCUGGAACUCCUGUAGUUGUUUUAAAGGCAGUAGAUUCUGAUGAGGGGGAGGCAGGCAGGCUGGAGUACUUCAUAGAGGCCCUGUUUGACAGCCGCUCCAACAACCUAUUUUCUGUGGACCCAGUCAAUGGAGCUGUUUCCACUGUGGAGGUGCUGGAUAGAGAGCAGAAGGACACCCAUGUGUUCCGUGUGAAUGCUGUUGACCACGGCACGCCCCGACGUACGGCCAUGGCCACCCUCACCAUCACAGUGAGUGACACUAAUGACCAUGACCCUGUCUUUGAGCAACAGGACUAUAAGGAGAGGGUCAGAGAGAACCUGGAGAUAGGCUACGAGGUGCUGACCGUCAGGGCCACGGAUGGGGACGCCCCGGUCAAUGGUAACGUCCUCUACCGUGUCCUCAACAGCAACGGCUCCAACGAUGUGUUUGAGAUUGACCCCAGGUCAGGGGUGAUCCGCACAAAGGGCCCGGUGGAUAGAGAGAUGGUGGAGGCUUACAUGCUGUUGGUAGAGGCCAACGACCAGGGUCGCGACCCCAGCCCCCGCAGCGCUACGGCAACAGUUCACAUUAUUGUAGAGGAUGACAAUGAUAAUGCGCCCCAGUUUAGUGAAAAGCGAUAUGUGGUGCAGGUUCCGGAGGAUAUGGCACCCAACACAGAGAUCCUGCAGGUGACUGCCACAGACCAGGACAGAGGAAGCAACGCCAUGGUUCACUUUAGCAUCAUGAGUGGCAACACCAGGGGCCAGUUUUACAUUGACGCUCAGACAGGCAAGAUGGACCUGGUCAGUCAGUUGGACUACGAGGCUAACAAGGAAUACACCAUACGCAUCCGUGCUCAGGACGGGGGACGCCCGCCUCUCUCCAACAUCAGCGGCCUGGUAACGGUGCAGGUGGUGGAUAUCAAUGAUAACGCCCCCAUUUUCGUCAGCACCCCCUUCCAGGCCACUGUGCUAGAGAACGUGCCGGUGGGUUACUCCAUCAUUCACAUCCAGGCCGUUGACGCAGACUCCGGCGACAACUCCAGGCUGGAGUACUGCCUCAUUGAAGCCUCGCCCAACUUACCCUUUUCCAUCAACAACAGCAGUGGAUGGAUAGUGGUAGCCGCUGGGCUGGACAGGGAGAGCGUGGACUUCUACAACUUUGGGGUGGAGGCCCGUGAUCAUGGCCACCCGGUGAUGUCCUCCUCAGCUAGCGUUAGCAUGACCAUCCUCGACGUCAACGAUAACAACCCAGAGUUCACCCAGAGAUCAUACUACAUGCGCCUCAAUGAGGAUGCUGUCGUGGGCACCAGCGUGGUGACGGUUUCUGCGGUGGACCAGGAUAUCAACAGUGUGGUGACGUAUCAGAUCUCCAGUGGUAACACCAGAAACAGGUUCUCCAUCACCAGCCAGAGUGGAGGGGGCCUUAUCACUCUGGCCCUGCCCCUCGACUACAAACUGGAGCGUCAAUACGUCCUGAGUGUCACCGCGUCUGACGGCACACGCAUCGAUACCGCCAAGGUGUUCGUCAACGUCACCGACGCCAAUACCCACCGGCCCGUGUUUCAGAGCUCCCAUUACACCGUCAACAUCAAUGAGGACAGACCUGUUGGCACCACCGUUGUGGUGAUCAGUGCUACAGAUGAGGACACUGGGGAGAACGCACGUAUAACCUACUUUAUGGAUGACAGCAUCCCCCAGUUCGACAUCGACUCUGACACAGGCGCUGUCACCACCCAGAUGGAGCUGGACUAUGAAGAUCAGGUGUCCUACACGUUAGCCAUCACGGCCCGGGACAACGGCAUCCCACAGAAGUCUGACACCACCUACCUGGAGAUCCUGGUGAAUGAUGUGAAUGACAACUCUCCUCGGUUCCUCCGAGACCACUACCUAGGCUCUGUGAUGGAGGACGUGCCAGUGUUUACCAGCGUCGUCCAGGUCUCUGCCACUGACCGAGACUCUGGCCUCAAUGGACGUGUCUUCUACACUUUCCAGGGGGGAGAGGACGGCGAUGGAGACUUCAUAAUUGAGUCCACCUCUGGUAUUGUGCGAACGCUGCGUCGCCUGGACCGUGAGAACAUGCCAUUCUACAACCUGCAGGCCUUUGCUGUGGAUAAAGGUGUUCCUGCUCUCAAGACGUCCGUGGACAUCCAGGUGACCAUCUUAGACGUGAACGACAACCCUCCCGUGUUUGAGAAAGAUGAGUUUGACAUCUUUGUGGAGGAGAACAGCCCAAUAGGCCUAGUAGUGGCCCACGUAUCUGCCUCGGACCCAGACGAGGGGAGCAACGCCCAGAUCAUGUACCAGAUAGUAGAGGGAAACAUCCCAGAGGUGUUCCAGCUGGACAUCUUCUCAGGAGAACUGACCGUUCUGACAGAUCUCGACUACGAGACUCAGUCGGAGUAUGUCAUCGUGGUCCAGGCCACCUCCGCCCCACUGGUCAGCCGUGCCACCGUGCACGUCAAGUUGGUUGACAAGAACGACAACGUACCAGUGCUGAAAAAUUUCCAGAUCAUAUUCAAUAACUAUGUCACUGACAAGUCCAGUAGCUUCCCCACAGGGGUGAUCGGGCGGAUCCCUGCCCAUGACCCAGAUGCUUCGGACCAGCUCCAGUACAGCUUUGAGGCUGGUAAUGAGCUGAACCUGGUCAUCCUGAACCAGAGCACCGGGGAGAUACACCUCAGCCAGGCCCUGGACAACAACAGACCCCUGGAGGCCUCCAUGAGGAUAUCUGUCUCUGAUGGGAUCCACUCCGUGUCGGCCCAGUGUCUGCUCCAGGUCACCAUCAUCACAGACGAAAUGCUCUCCAACAGCAUCACGCUGCGAUUGGCCAACACCUCCCAGGAGCACUUCCUGUCCCUGCUAUUGGCCCAGUUCUUGGAGGGCGUGGCCUGCGUGCUGUCAGCAGACCGCGAGGACGUCGUAGUGUUCAACAUCCAGGAUGACACAGACGUCAGCGCCCGGAUCCUCAAUGUCAGCCUGUCUGUAGCCGUGCCCAGGGAGGGCCCGCGUGGGGGGGGGGAGGGGUCCCGGGGGGACGGAAGAGUGGACAGAGGGACAGCAGGGGCCAAUGGAGCGGCAGAGUACUUUGGUUCUGAGGAGCUACAGGAGAGGUUGUACCUGAACCGCAGUCUGCUGGCCCACAUCUCCUCCCAGCAGGUGCUGCCCUUCGAUGACAACAUCUGCCUGAGAGAGCCCUGUGAGAACUACAUGAAGUGUGUGUCCGUGCUGAAGUUUGACAGCCUGGCGCCAUUCGUGGCGUCCGACACCAUCCUUUUCCGACCCAUCCACCCCAUCGCCGGGCUGCGCUGCCGCUGCCCCACGGGCUUCACAGGAGACUACUGCGAGACAGAGAUCGACCUGUGCUACUCCAAACCCUGUGGAACCCACGGCCUGUGUCGCAGCAGAGAGGGAGGCUACACCUGCGAGUGCCUCGAUGACUAUACAGGCAAGCGGUGUGAGCUGUCGUGCCGCUCCGGGCGUUGUGCCCCAGAUGUGUGUAAGAACGGGGGCACCUGUGUGAACCUGCUGGUGGGAGGAUUCAAGUGCGAGUGUCCGUCUGGCAGUUAUGAAAAGCCCUACUGUGAGAUGACCACCAGGAACUUCCCCCUGCAGUCCUUCCUCACCUUCAAGGGCCUCCGCCAGCGCUUCCACUUCACCCUCUCCCUCUCGUUUGCCACGAAGGAGCCAAACGGUUUGUUACUCUACAAUGGCCGCUUCAACGAGAAGCAUGACUUCAUCGCUGUGGAAAUCGUCAACGAGCAGAUCCAGCUCACCUUCUCUGCAGGUGAGACCAAGACGACUGUGUCACCCCACAUCAUUGGAGGUGUCAGUGAUGGCCAGUGGCAUGUGGUCCAAGUUUACUACUACAACAAGCCAAUCAUAAACCAAGCCGGCAUGCCCCAGGGUCCUUCUGACCAGAAGGUUGUCGUAGUAUCCGUGGACAACUGUGACACCUCAGUGGCGCUGCGAUUUGGUCAUGUGAUCGGGAACUACACCUGCUCUGCCCAGGGCAGCCAAUCAGGAUCCAAAAAGUCUUUGGACCUGACUGGUCCUCUCCUCCUGGGGGGUGUGCCCAAACUGCCUGAGGACUUCCCCAUCCAGAACCGCCAGUUUGUGGGCUGCAUGAAGGACCUGAGGAUCGACAACCGCCACAUCGACAUGGCUAGCUUCAUCGCUAACAACGGCACCCUACCGGGAUGCUCUGCUAAAAGGCACUUCUGCAACAACAACCCGUGUAUGAAUGGAGGGACCUGUGUCAACCUGUGGGGCUCGUUCAGCUGUGACUGCCCCCUAGGAUUCGGAGGUCGGAACUGUGAGAAGGUGAUGGCCAACCCUCAGCGUUUCCUGGGUAACAGCCUGUUGCAGUGGACUAACCUGGCGGCGGUGGUGACUGUUCCCUGGCAUGUGGAGCUCAUGUUCCGCACGCGUCAGCCUAGUGCUACCCUGCUGCAUGUCACGGCCGGACAGCACCACAACCUCACCCUACAGCUGCGGGAGGGCAGUGUGGUGAUGGGCCUGCAGAGAGGGGAGGACUCCACCCUGUCCCGGGUAGAGGAGGUGACAGUGAAUGACGGAGACUGGCACCAUCUACAGCUGGAGCUGAAGGGUGUCCCGGGGGGCGCGCCCAGACACAAGGCUGUGCUCUCCUUCGACCAUGGACUCUACACGGCAAGUAUGGAAGUGGAUAAUAAGCUGAAGGGGGCGAAGGUCAAGACUCUGAGUGUCGGGGGCAUCACUGGGGCUGAUGGGAAAAUACAUCACGGCUUCCGUGGUUGUGUCCAGGGUCUGCUUGUGGGGGAGACCUCCUCCAGCUCCGUGCCUCUCAGCAUGUCUCAGGCCAGGAGGGUGAACAUGGAGCAGGGCUGCAGCGUACCAGACCCCUGUGUCUCUAACACCUGCCCUCCCAACAGCUACUGCAGUGAUGACUGGGACAGCCACUCCUGUACCUGCCUCACCGGUUACUAUGGCGAUAACUGCAUAGACAUAUGUGCACUAAACCCCUGUGAGCACCAAUCAGCUUGCACCAGGAAGGCUAGCUCCUCCCGUGGCUACACUUGUGACUGUCCCAGCAACCACUUUGGGCAGUACUGCGAGAGAAAGACUGACCUGCCGUGUCCCAGGGGUUGGUGGGGACAUAAGACCUGUGGUCCCUGUGACUGUCAGACAGACAGGGGCUUCAAUGCCGACUGCAACAAGACCAGCGGGGAGUGCCGCUGCAAGGAUAACCACUACCGUCCAGAGGCCAGUGAGGCAUGUCUGCUGUGUGAGUGUUACCCAGUGGGCUCCUUCUCGCGAGCGUGUGAGAGAGAGAGUGGCCAGUGCCAGUGUAAACCAGGGGUCAUUGGGCGCCAGUGUGACCGCUGUGACAACCCAUUUGCUGAGGUGUCGCCCAAUGGCUGUGAAGUGAUCUAUGACAGUUGUCCCCAGGCGAUAGAGGCUGGGAUCUGGUGGCCUAGGACAAAGUUUGGUCUCCCUACAGCCGUCUCCUGUCCCAAGGGAUCUAUUGGCACAGCUGUCCGCCACUGUGAUGAACACAAGGGAUGGCUGCCCCCCAACCUCUUCAACUGUACCUCUGUCACCUUCACCAAACUCAAAGCCCUGUCGGAGAAGUUGGCCCGUAACAUGUCUCUCCUGGACUCUGGGCGUGUCCAGCAGACUGCAGCCAUGUUGGCCAACGCCACGCUACACACGGUGGAGUACUACGGUAGUGAUGUAAAGGUGGCCUACCGCCUCACCCAGAGCCUUCUGAAGUACGAGAGCCACCAGCAGGGCUUCAGCCUGACCGCUACACAGGACGUCCUAUUCACUGAGAACCUGGUGCGGGUGGGCAGUGCCAUCCUGUCCCCGGGCACACGGCCACACUGGGAGCUGAUCCAGCAGACGGAAGGGGGCACGGCGGCCCUGCUGCGCCAGUUUGAGCAGUACACCAACACCCUGGCACAGAACAUGAGGAAGACCUACCUCAGCCCCUUCACCAUCGUCACUCCACACAUAGUCAUCUCAAUAGAUCGCCUCCAGAAGAUGAACUUUCCCGGAGCCAAGCUCCCUCGCUACCAGUCUCUGAGAGGACUGAGGCCUCAGGACCAGGAGACGGCCGUCACCCUCCCCGACUCCGUCUUUGAGCCACCCUUGGAGACCAAGGGCCACCGCCACCUGGACACCUUCCCAGAACCCUUCCUGAGGAACCACACGUCCAACAGGAAGAGGCGCCAUAGAGGUCCUGACGACCCCGAGCAGGAAGCCAUCGCUAGUGUGAUCAUCUUCCACAGCCUGGCCUCACUUCUGCCUGAGAGCUACGACCCUGAUAAGAGGAGUCUGAGGGUGCCCAAGCGUCCUGUCAUCAACACCCCUGUGGUCAGCAUCACGGUCCAUGACAACGAGGAGCUGCUGCAGCACACCCUGGACAAACCAAUCACUGUGCAGUUCCGCAUGGUCACCGCUGAGGACCGCUCCAAACCCAUCUGUGUCUUCUGGAACCACUCCAUACUAGCGGGGAACGGAGGCUGGUCAGCUAAAGGCUGUGAGAUGGUGUUCAGGAACAACACUCACAUCAGCUGCCAGUGUUACCACAUGACCAGCUUCGCUGUCCUCAUGGACGUCUCCAGGAGAGAGAACGGUGAGAUCCUGCCUGUGAAGCUGGUGACGUGGAGCACAGUGGGUGUGACCCUGGUCUUCCUCUUUCUCACCACCCUCUUCCUCCUCUGCCUGCGGGCCAUGCACUGCAACAAGACCAGUAUCAUCAACAAUGGAGCCACUGCCCUCUUCAUCUCCGAACUCAUCUUCAUCCUGGGCAUUAACCUGCCAGACAACCCGUUCAUGUGCACAAUCAUUGCCAUCUUGCUGCAUUUCUUCUACCUGUGCACCUUCUCCUGGCUCUUCCUGGAGGGCCUGCACGUCUACCGCAUGCUGAGCGAAAUACGAGACAUCAACUACGGACCCAUGCGCUUUUACUACAUGAUCGGCUGGGGCGUGCCGGCCUUUAUCACAGGCCUGGCGGUCGGACUGGACCCAGAGGGUUAUGGGAACCCAGACUUCUGCUGGCUGUCCAUGUACGACACUCUGAUCUGGAGCUUGGCAGGGCCCAUCGCCAUGGUGGUGUUUAUGAACAUCUUCCUGUACAUCCUGGCCUCCAGAGCAUCCUGCUCCAUUAGACACCACAGCUUUGAGAAGAAAGAGCCCCCUGUCUCUGGGCUGAGGACUGCGUGUGGGGUUCUCCUCCUGGUCACUGUAACAUGUCUGUUAGCUGUACUCUCAGUCAACAGUGACAUGAUCAUCUUCCACUACUUGUUUGCUGGAUUCAACUGUCUCCAGGGUCCCUUCAUCUUCUUCUUCCGCAUCGUCUUCAACAAGGAUGCCAGGAAAGCCAUGCGCUACUGCUGCAGCCGCAAGCGCCCAGAUCACAUGAUCAAGUCCAAGCCCUCUUCAUAUAACUGUACCACCAGCUACAUGGAUGGCAGACUGUACCACCUGCCGUUUGGAGACUCCAGUGUGUCUCUGAACGGCACCCUGCAGAGUGGCAAGAGCCAGCAGAGCUACGUCCCUUUUGUCCUUAGGGAUGAUGGUGGCCUGAAUAACAGCCAAGCACACAUCGCUCUGAAUGAACACGGCUCACUCUUCCAUGAAACUAAAGAGCAUUUAGAUAAUCCCAACUCGGACUCUGACAGUGACCUGUCUCUGGAGGACGACCAGAGCGGCUCAUACGCCUCCACACACUCCUCUGACAGCGAGGAGGAGGAGCCCUACCCAACAGAGGAAUGCUGGGAAAGCAUGGCCUCCAACGUGUCCAAGAGACCACACCCUCACGAUAACAACCUGAGUAAGCUGUACUGGCCAGUGGAGUAUAUGACGACAGCCAGCAACAGUGAGGGCCUCGGGGGAGCAGACAGGCUGAAGACAGAGUCUCUGGCCAACACUGAGCUGGGCCAGACUCGGGACACCCGAGGCAUGCCAAGCGAAAGGCCAGGGGACAAGGCAGGUAGCUAUGGGAAGGAUAACUUGAUGCUGCUACUUCCCAGUCUGCCCAACCUCAAUGCACACCCACAGAAAGGAAUCCUGAAGAAGAAGCAGCUCUCCCCCAUCGCAGAGAGAAAUGGUAUCAACCGCAUCCAUAACGAGCUGUCAAAGAAUGCUCCAGGCCACGCCUCCUCUCAGGGCUCCUCCUCCAGUGAGAGCCGAGGGGGCCGGGCCAAACCCAGCCUACCAGAUCAGCUGAAUGGUGUCGGCAUGAGCAUCAAGGCGGGAACAGUAGACGGUGACUCGUCAGGAUCAGAGUCAUAGAGCCCAGCCCCUCAUCGCCACGCACAUUUUUCUCUGAGUGACAGGAGCUGAUGUAUGAGGAGACACAGAGCAUUGGACUGUCCUCAACUGGAGAUCCAUGGAGUACCCUCUCUCUUCCCCCUCAUUUUUUAAGAGGGUGCGUGUGUGCGCGAGAGAGCACGAGACCGAGCCAAACCUCAGGAGUCUCUGCACUGGCCCAGGCUUGACAGCACUGAUGGAAUGAGUCUCCCUCUUUAAAAAAAAUAUAUAUAUCAUUGUUUGUUUACAUACUUGAAGCAAUGUACUUUUUAAAAUAAUUUACACUGCCUGACCAGAUGUGCUGGUAGUCAACUGGAGCAGAUGUUUCGUUUUAUGUUUCAAACUCCGGAGAUACGAAGUCCUCCUUUGGUUGUGUCAUUUAGCUGUCAGAUUUGAAACGUUCAGGGAAAUUCCUUAUCUAAUUUGUAAUUUCAGAAAGGGUCGCCUGUACAGUUGUUUUGUUUGAGGAUUUAAUUGUUCUACUGAGGGCUGAGGCCAGUUUGAGUUUUGCUGCAGUGUAGAGAGGACUCACUCUUCUCCACUCUAGUCUCAGGAAGCUGCCAGUCUGAGCAGUCAGUCCAAAAUGUCCCCAGACUGAACAGGAGACGGGGACAGCUCCACCCAGCUGAGUUCAGGCACUGGAGGAAAGGGACUCCUGUUGGAAGUGUGGCUGGAGAACUGGGUUGUGGACAGUGAGGCCAUUGGGUCUCUCAGUAUUGCAAUGCCCCGUAUUGGACGCGCUCUGUAAACAGUUUCUCUCACUAUUGACGGAUGUUUAAUCAAGGCAACAGUGACCGGACAGCUGUCAUCCAGAAUGAGAACGCCUGCCUUUCUCCACCACUUCGCCUUUGUUUUAUUACAUCGUCAUUGGAGGAAAAGAGUGCGCGUGUCAAGAAUUUGUAUAACAAGGACUUUUGAUACAUCUUGACUUUUGUAAAGUGUUGGGAGCAAAUUUUUGUAAGAACAUUGAAGAUGCUCCCGUUUUUGUCCAAGGGAUAUUUGCCUUCAUUUGAAUCCGUGACUAAAUUACUUUGUAUUUUAUAGAUCAGAUAUGAAGGACCCAUUGUUUUGUCAAAUACUUACUGUAAUACUCUUUGAAAUGUAUUCCAAUUUUACUGUACAGAGUUGUCUGUAAAAUGACAUACACUAAUACUUCAUGCAACAUAUUGAAUCAUACUGCAUAAACUGUACACACCUCAGUCAGUGCUCAAAUAUACCGUACACCACUACAUUCCAACUAUUGAAAAGCAGUUCAGGCAAUUUAUUGAUGUGUAGGAAAGAACCUGUUAUUUCUCUUGCAUAUUACUUGUUUUUAUGUCUUAAAAGGUCUUAUCAUUCAUUUAACAUUACUCCACAAGCACCAACGCAGCCUUCAUCUGAAGAUUUAAUAACACUACAGUUCCUGAGAGGAUUGUGUUUGCACUGGUGCUCCCUAAAAUGAAAUGAACGGACAUCUGAGAGCAUUCUCCAUGAUACAAUACCUCAACAAUAUGUGCCAAGUCAAGGGAAUUUCUGCAUUGCCAAUUGUUUCUUAAAUGUUUUCCUCUUCUUUUUUUUACAACAACACUAUGGUAAAUACAAGGUGAAGCUUGGUAAAACAUUUGCUGAAGGGUUAUUGAAUAUCAGGCCUACAAAAGAGUUCUCUCAUUAUCGGGAUCCUAAUGAAUCACUUUGUUGAGACUCAACUGUGAAGAGCUCUAGAUAUGCUACUCUCAUACUCCUUAUCUGGUUGGUACGAACAGUUCAUAAUUGGAGCUCCAAGCAAUCAACUGCUUAAAACCAAGACCUGUAGUAGGUUACUGAUGUCAAAGCUUUAGUGAUCCAGGGUAGAUAUGACUUGUAUUUUUCUAAGAUAAAUGGCUUUCUAAAGGAAUUUUCCAAAAUGCAAUGAGUAAAACAGACAUGCUUUUAAUACAGUGGUAUUGUUUUUUAUGCCUUCAGGGGAAAUGGCCUCCUUAGCCUAUUCAAAAUAUUACAUAACACAUGUAGGCCAAGCAGUUUGUAGUAGAAUGCUGAGCUUUAGUACAGUCCAGUCAUUAGAGCCCUCUGGUGCUGAACUGCUACCGAAACACAAAUAAAAAUGUAUUGGUCAUU